CUCUCUUCCCCUUUAUUUGCAUGCCAUUAAAGCCUGAGUGGUAACAGACAGCCCACCCACUGGUGCAGACACUUCUUCUUUUUCAAGACACAUAGAUGCCUGCAGAGAGACAAACGUGUGGAAAUCGGCAUUUACGAACGUAUCUUCUGUUGAUGUCAUCAUGCGCUGGUUACUGGCUGGAUGCUGUGGACUUGCUUUAAUCAAUAUUUCAGUGGCCCUACACCAAAACUUGCCGAUCUCCCAGAAGCCCCGGUUCUAUGGAGUGAAAGCCGGACGUGAUGUUGGCAUUUUCUGUCUGUGCUCGAACAAGCACAAGUCAACCAUUGUCGAGUGGCACAGAGUCACUGAGUACAACCAAGUGAUUGAUGGAAACUCAAGCAAGUUAGCGACAGGAAAGAAGUAUGAAUUUAUUAACGUCAGUAACAACCAAAAUAUCUUUCUCCUCAUCCAUGAUGUGAGCGUCGAUGACAACGGAGUGUACUUCUGUAAGACAAAGGAUCAUUGGGGACCUGGAACUGCAGUUCAAGUAAUCAGGAAUACUGGUGGCCAGGGAAGCUAUAGAAGCAAGAUGAAGGAUGUUCUCAUCAUCCUCCAGGCCCUGCUGUUGGCUGUGUGUAUUGCUGCUGUACUGCUACGCAAACAUCAACAGUUGGAAAAGAAGGACAGUAUAUAUGAAGAACCUGAAAUUGAUCACAUCUAUGAGGGCUUGGCGAUUGAGACGUGUUCUGGAGGUCUAUAUGAGGAACUCUCAGUGUACGCGCAGGCUGAAGGAGCUGAGGCCCCAUGGCAGUAGUGUGCCUCACAAUAACUCUCCAUUAUGAAGUACGAAUGAUACUUUAAGAGCCCUUUGUAGAGUUUAGUCAUUCUGCUACGCCACCAGUUUGUUUAUAAGUGUGUAACUGAAUGUUCAUUCUAAAAUGCUUGCUUUAUGUGCUGUUGAUGAUAUGCUAUUUAGUGGUUUGAAGUCCAGUGAAGUGUAAAGGAGCUAUUUUACAAUUCAGACUUGUUGUUGGUGCUUUAAGAGGCUUUUAUAAAUACAAUAAAAGUGUUAUUUUAUAAAGGCUACUCUGACUUUAAUAUCUGCUUUAUAAAUGUGUUUGUGUAAACGUAACUAUAUCAAGAGACUGAAUGUUGAUGUAGCAGGAAUAAAAAUAAAAGCUGUUUCCCUUUGCUUGAGAA